AACGGCAGGCAGACUGUAAUCCCAGCGGAUUCAGUCGGGGAGGUGGGAGAGCGGAAUGGACUGGUGGUGUGUAACGUUACACCAGCAAAAAAUAGGAGAAGGUUACAAUUGUGAUUUAGUUUCACCCUUUUAAAUCAAACAUAACUACUCGUUUAUAUGGGUCAACUUCUGAAAGUCGGACGCAACCGUUUGCUGGCUGCAUUUAAUAAGGACUGAAAACUUGGGAUUUGAUGGAAACUAAAAUACGCUCCCCUCUCUCGCUAGCUUGCUAACAGACUAGGUAGCGAUUGCCACUUAAACAUGAACAUGGAUGACGGGAAAAUGAUUUCUUUGUGGACCUUGAACUAAUUUUUCGGAUUUUCUACAUUGUCAAUUAGCUGUAAAACUUAGCAAAUGUUUGGUUACGCUGCCCUGAUUUAUUUAAUUAUAGAUCGUUUUGCUGUUGGUAACUAGCGAGUAGUUUGUGAGUGUGGUAACUGUGAGUAGCUAGCUCCAGCUCACUUGGUGCUUAACUAAACGGGAUUAGGCAAAUCUGUUAGCUACCACAGAUAGCCAUAUUUUAGCAAGUAACUUCGCUACAUUAGCUCAUACCAGGGAAACGAUCCUUGGACUCGGCAUUGACGUUAUUCAGUGUUCUAGCACUAAAUUAAUCUGGUAAAACACAACCAAAAAUAGUUUAUUUGCUGGCUACAAUUGCUAUUAUUUUUACAUUGUCUGAAUGACUGGAUUCAACCUACGUUGACUGCGCUGGAAGUUUACGGUCUACUGUAGCCUAAGAUGAACAGACUGUGGAGGCGUGACGUACCCCUCGCAGAGCGCCACGGAAACAACUCCCCCGCCGGACUGGCCCCGGCCGCCCCCUCCACCAUGGCCCCCGCGGGGCCCAACAUCUCCUGGCUGCCGGAGGCCCCCGCGCUGGGCUCGGACCAGCCCUUCUUCCUCAUGACCACCACCGCGCAGGCCGUGUCCGGCUUCUUCGUCUGGACCGCCCUGCUGCUCACCUGCCACCAGAUCUACAUGCACCUGAGAUACUACAGCGCGCCGAACGAGCAGAGGCACAUCGUGAGGAUCCUCUUCAUCGUGCCCAUCUACGCCUUCGACUCCUGGCUCAGCCUGCUCUUCUUCACCAACGACCAGUACUACGUCUACUUCGACACGGUGCGGGACUGCUACGAGGCGUUUGUGAUCUACAACUUCCUGAGCUUGUGCUACGAGUACCUGGGAGGGGAGAGCGCCAUCAUGUCUGAGAUCAGAGGGAAGCCCAUCGAGUCCAGCUGUGUGUACGGAACAUGCUGCCUCUGGGGAAGGACCUACUCCAUCGGCUUCCUCAGGUUCUGCAAGCAGGCAACGCUGCAGUUCUGCGUGGUGAAGCCCCUGAUGGCCAUGGUCACCGUCAUCCUGCAGGCCUUCGGAAAGUACCGGGACGGCGACUUCAACGUGGCCAGCGGGUACCUGUACGUCACCAUCGUGUACAACAUCUCGGUCAGCCUCUCCCUCUACGCGCUCUUCCUCUUCUACUUCGCCACCCGCCAGCUGCUCGUGCCCUACAGCCCCGUGCUCAAGUUCUUCAUGGUCAAGUCCGUCAUCUUCCUCUCCUUCUGGCAGGGCAUGCUGCUGGCCAUCCUGGAGAAGUGCGGGGCCAUCCCCAAGAUCAGCUCUGUGGAGGUGACCGUGGGAGAGGGCACCGUCGCCGCCGGCUACCAGAACUUCAUCAUCUGCGUGGAGAUGUUCUUCGCCGCCCUGGCCCUCCGCCACGCCUUCACCUACAAGGUGUACAUGGACAAGAGGCUGGACUCCCAGGACCCAGUUCCGACAUACGGACAGUACGGCCGCUGUGCCCCCAUGAAGAGCAUCUCCAGCAGCCUGAAGGAGACCAUGAACCCGGGGGACAUGGUCCAGGACGCCAUCCACAACUUCUCCCCGGCCUACCAGCAGUACACGCAGCAGUCCACCCUGGAGCAGCGCUCAGGCCCCCCCGUGUCCCGCAGCCACAGCACCGCCAGCGCCCGCGACAACGAGAAGACCCUGCUGCUCAGCUCCGACGACGAGUUCUGAGCGUCGGCCAGGACGCGCUCGCACAGGACCACCGUGCGUCACAACCGCACACCACGCCGAUACUCGCAACCGCACACCACACCGAUACUCACAACCACACACCACACCGAUACUCACAACCGCACACCACACCGAUACUCACAACCGCACACCACACCGAUACUCACAACCGCACACCGAUACUCACAACCGCACACCAAACUGAUACUCACAACCGCACACCACACCGAUACUCACAACCGCACACCAAUACUCACAAUCAGAACACAAACACAGGCCGGGGACAUGGCAGUACAAGACCAGGAGGUAGAUCGGGCACACACACACACACACACACACACGCAAACACACCCACACACACACACACACGCAAACACACCCACCCACCCACACACACACACACACUCGCAAACACACACACUCAAAAUGGAGGCACAGUGCUGUGUGCUUCUUUACUCUUUCUUCAGUCACACUGAACUACACACACACGCCUGGGAAGCAACUCUUUAGGGACUCAACACGGUAUGCUUUGUGGAGGUGCCACAGUAAAAAAACAAAAAAAACUGCGACGCUUCACAAAUGUAUAUGUACGCACACACAUAUGCCCACACACGCACACACACGCAAACACUCUGUGUAUAAAAUAAAAAUAAUGUCUCAGCAUAUACACAUACAGAGGAUCAGACCAAAACCCAGACUUCCACACUUAGGGCAAUAUGGACAUAUGAUGUCAUGAAAUAUGACGUAAAGGCCAAAGGCAGGGAUUAAUGACACUCCACCACUCCAUUCCCAUCAGGCCGAGCUCCUCCCCAAAUAGAUGCCAAAUAGAAUAGGAGUCUCUCAAAGUUGGGAUCUUCAUAUUUACAGCUUUCCUGUCCUUUUAUUUUUUUCAUUUAUUUAUUAUCUUCGGGAUUGGGUGUCUGCUUACGUGUCAUGCAUCUUCGCUUGGAAUUGUAUUAAGUGUGAUCUUUGUAUUUUGAGUUGAAAUUCCACAUAGCCAGUGGUUCCUCUCCGCAAAGCGGUCCCGCUCGCUCCUGCUCUCACAGAGCCGCGUGCCACAGCUGGCUUCUGCUGCUCUUUGACGCUCACGUGACCCGUUAGCAGCAGGGCCCGUUAGCCGCAGGGCCCGUUAGCCACAGGGCCCGUUAGCCGCAGGGCUCGUUAGCCGCAGGGCUCGUUAGCAGCAGGGCCCGUUUGCAGCAGAGCCCGUUAGCCGCAGAGCCCGUUAGCCGCAGGGCCCGUUAGCCGCAGGGCCCGUUAGCAGCAGGGCCCGUUUGCAGCAGGGCCCGUUUGCAGCAGGGCCCGUUUGCAGCAGGGCCCGUUUGCAGCAGAGCCCGUUAGCAGCAGGGCCCGUUAGCAGCAGGGCCCGUUAGCCGCAGGACCCGUUUGCAGCAGAGCCCGUUAGCAGCAGAGCCCGUUAGCAGCAGGGCCCGUUAGCAGCAGGGCCCGUUAGCCGCAGGGCCCGUUUGCAGCAGAGCCCGUUAGCAGCAGAGCCCGUUAGCAGCAGAGCCUGUUAGCAGCAGAGCCCGUUAGCAGCAGAGCCUGUUAGCAGCAGGGCCCGUUUUGCAGCAGGGCCCGUUUGCAGCAGCGCGGCGGUAGAUUUAUCUCAGGACACACGAGCGCGCUCAGGGCUGUAAGGGAAGGCCUCACAGGGUUACAGACUGAGAGAUGUGGGCUCCUGACAUGGCAGGGCAGCCCUAAGAAGGUGAGGUUAUAAUGGCAUGAUUGGGGCAUUAUGUGCGUGCUGCAGGUUGAGCAGGCUUUUGCCAGCAUGGAAGACUCUAGACCAGUGGUAACCAACCCUGUUCCUGGAGAUCUACCAUCCUGUAGGUUUUUUUUUCAACCAUAAUUUGGCACGCCUGAUUCUAAUAAUUAGCAGCUCAAUCCAGAUCUUUAGCUGUUGAAGGAAGUGUGUUUUGUUUGGGUAGGAGGGAAAAUCUCCAGGAACAGGGUCAGUUCCCACUGCUCGUGACCAAUUCAGUUAGCAGGCAAUGUAGGUUAAACUCAUGCAAACUGUGCAGGCUUAUAGCAGGAAUAUAGGUGUAGGGCUUAACUGCACGAGCAGUUUCUGUAUAAAGCCUAUCGUUACAAUUAUUUGCAAGCAUAUUUACUGUAGAACAAGCCAUGGUUACACGUGUGUGUCCACAUAUGAUCAUACAAGACAACACAUUUUAUUUAUCCAAACUGCUGCUUCUGGUUUUCUGCAGAGAUAUUGCAGUGCCCACUAGAGGGCAGCGAUGAUAUUUGAUUUUGAUUGGCAGUACGCGCUUGCAUAGAGACCCCUACUGUUCCCAGUUAGAAGUGCGAGUAUAUAUAUUUUUGAAGUUAUUUCUUAAUCCUCUACUCACCCCAUGAUCAAGUAUCAGGUACAGUUUCUCUUAAAGGUUUUCUGUCGGUUUAAGGGGAUGUCGCUGUGACAGCAGAACCCACGCGCUGAUCACAGACGACAGGCAGCUACCAAGUGCAGCGUUUACAUUUUGCGCGACAUUCAGACAUGCUGCCAUUGAUUGCGCACCAGUGAGCGAGCUUUACUGUGUACUGGGGUUCUGUGUGCUACAUCACACACCUGUGGAUGAAGGCUUUUAUUGGCUGUUCAGUUCUGGGUCAGGGAAUCGCCCAAAAACCACAGACACAAGACCUUCCAGAUACCUGCACGUUUCCCCCUGGGUCAUUUCUGUGUAUAUAUGAUCUAUAUAUUGAGGCCAGUAUAAAUAUAUCCAGUACGUUAUUGUAGUGGGAACUGAGGGAAAUUAAUGAUGCUUUCUGGCACUUACCUUUUUAAGCGAGAAAAGAGAAUAUCCUUAAAUAGAUCUUUAUUCCACCCCAGCAGCUGAGAGGAUUGGGAAAAGAACCAUAAUUCUUCACAUUCUGUAAACGUCAGCUCUAUGUCCCAGUACAUGGCCUUUUAUACAUACUCACACGCACACACACGCAUGUAUAUGUAUUGCUGAAGAGUUAGGAAGUUGUAAAUAAGGGUUCAAAAGGAAAUACUGGAGUAAAAUGAACGGUAUAUGAUGAUGUUGUAAUGCUCAGAGAAAGCAAAUGCUUAGUUUUGUACCAUUGUUCAAUACUGGCUUUUAUUUUAUUUUUCUCUAGCUCUUUGUAUAUUGACACAGCUUCACAGAUUCUGCUUUUAUUUUUGUCUUUGUGAUGUCCAAAUGAGGAAAAGGAUAAAGAAAAGCCAAGAAGAAUAAAAGACAAAUAAAUAUUUAGUUUUGUCCUUAA